AUGACUGAGGAGGGGGUGGAGGAGGCACUGAGGGCACUGCAGCAGGACACGUGGCACAUCACAGGGCGUGCGCCCCUGGCUGUGCUGGUGAAGACCAGGUCAACGCAGGCAGAGUCAACUGAGUCAACUAAGUCGAUGCAAUCAACCAGGGAGGUGUGGGAGCUACCCCAGGCGCAUGGUGGUGAGGAGGAACAUGGCAAACGGUUCCAAGAGCAGAAGGAACAUUCGCAGUUGUCUGGACGGCAGAGAGUGGUUGGGAUUGCGUGCGACGUGCGGUCGGCAAGCGACGUCCAGAUGCUUGCUGACGUGGCACGGCAGGAGCUGGGGCGAGUUGACAUCUGGGUCAACAACGCAGGCACCAACCCCAUGGCAAAGCCCUUCAAUGAAUUUGAAGACCACGAGCUGGAGCAGGUGGUCUCCACCAACCUUCUGGGUUCCCUGCUCUGCACGCGGGCAGCUAUGCGCCUCAUGCAGCAGCAGCAACCAUCCCUACCAGGCGAAACAGCCGGCCAUGUGUUCAAUCUGGAAGGGGCGGGGUCGUGGGGGGGCGCUACCCCCCAGUAUGCUGCAUACGGUGCAACCAAGUGUGCGCUCAGGCAACUGGGGUUGUCGCUGGUGGAAGAAGGGAGAGUGGCGGGGCGAGUGGAGGGGAAUGAGGAGGGGAGGGAGGAGGGAAGCGAGGUGGGGCGCGUGGUGGGGAGUGCGGGUGGGAGCGAGGUGGCGAUUGAGGGGGCGAGUGAGGGAGGGAAGGCUGAAAAGAGAACGGGGAGGAAGGGAAGAGUGGGUAUCCAUGCAGCAUCGCCAGGGCUGGUGCUGACGGAUCUGCUGUUGAGUGGAGCGACGGUGGCCAACAAGCAAGCAUUCAACAUCGUGGGGGAACACCCUGAAACAGUCGCUCGCGUGCUCGUGCCCCAGAUGCGCACUGUAAGGGGUACGGGAACAACAGUGAGCUACCUCACACCGCCCCGCAUAGUCCUGGCCAUCCUGUCUGCCUGGAUGCGCCGAGGCCGCUGGUUUGACCAACAGCUUACGGAAGAGCUAGUUUGCAACAGCCUCGAUGCAGGAGCUAGAGAGGUUUCUGUGACGGUCGACUCAUCAGCGGCGACGAUUAGAGUGGAUGACGAUGGCUGUGGUAUCUCGCGUGAUGACCUGGUGCUUCUCGGUGUGCGUCAAGCGACAUCGAAGCUCCAAUCGAUCACGGAGCUUGAAGCUGGUCCUACAACACUGGGAUUUCGAGGAGAGGCACUUUUUUCAAUCAUGGGCCUCUCCCUGGUCGAGAUUGUGACUCGUCCGAGGGGAGUCUGCGCUUACGGCCGCAUGAUACAGGGUGGAAGAACGCUCUCAGUUGGAAUGACGAAGAAGUUGAGAUCAAUUGGCACAACAGUUAUUGUUCAAGACAUAUUUUUCAACCAACCAGUCAGGCGACAGCUGGUGGAGAAGAACUUAUCAAAGGAGAUUCAGAGCAUCAGGGACAGAGUUGGUCAUUUGGCGUUCAUGUAUCCACAAGUUUCAUUCACUGUGUCGGAUGUUGCUAGGAGCAAGACUCUGCUAUCCUUGUCUGGUGGAAGGUCGGUGGGUUCCAGCAUAAAAGAUGUGUUUGGAGCUGCCAUUUUUGAGUCAAUGAAAGAGAUUGACUAUCAGAAGGGUGACUUGAGACUGUCUGGCUUCAUCUCACGGCUUGUGCAACAUGAGUCCUCAAGAGAUAUACAGUACUUAUACAUCAACAAGCGGCUGGUGAAGCACACUCGAUUCCACAAAUUGAUGAACUCCAGCUUCGCCACAUCGCUCAGCUUGCAUUCAGAAGGGGGUGCGGAAUUAACUGCUUUUCAAGACUUGAUGUUUGUUGUUAACCUGUCAUGCCCACGGUCCUCUUAUGACAUUACGUUUGAGCCUACAAAGACUUAUGUGGAGUUUAAGAACUGGAAGUCUGUUUUGGAGUUUCUCCAAGAAGUCUUGCGUGUCGUGUGGCCUUCCAGCAAAUCACUUUUGCAUGAAUCAGGACUGAUGAUGCAACCCAGGAAGAAGAAAAGUCAGAAGUCAUGGCAGAAAACCGAUCCCAGUUACCAGCCAAGCCAUCCUAUUACAUCAUCCAGCAAAUUAAGCAAGCACACACAUCCUACCAGCCACCUGCUUCUGCUUGAAGAAUCAGGCGAAACCUCACCCGAAGAUUAUCCCGGCUCAGCAUACAAAGUUGAUCGGUUGGAUUCCCCCAUGAAUCUGCGUUCCAGGGGCUUUCAAGCCAAAAGCACAAAGAAAGAGAGCAGACGUGAAGAGAAUACUGACCAAGCUAGGGCAUCCGCUUUGGAUGUGGAACUCAACAACUCAAGCGAGUGCACUCUUCGGCCCUUCUCUUGGCACGAUUCUUAUCCAGAACUCUCCCCAUUUGCAUCAGCAAGAGACUCGUGCCUUCCGCCUACAGUAACGAAAGAGAGUAGGCCCACAGAAGAUUUUGCCACGGAGUUGCCUGCAUCCAAUCACCUCGACUGGACGCUGGAUCUACAGCUGCAGCCGGAUGGGAUGGACCUAGAGACCUCACGAUGUCUCUUUGAUGAUCAGCAAUUACUUGAGCCCGUGUCUAAACGAAGAAAAAAGGCAUUACUGGAAGAGAAACUCCAUACUGAAGGCGAUGGACCUUCACAUUGGUCGUCCAUGAUUGAUCCUGAAAUGGUCUUAAAUGAAUCGGUGCUGGCUGGCAUGCAGCACCUCCAGGACAUUCAGCUGCAAGGACCGAUGAAUGAGUACAGGACCAGCAAAUCAGCCUCCUCGAAGAUUGCGCCUGAUUUUCCUGCUGUUGGCUCGCUUGAGUUUCAGCAAGCAGUCGAGUUCAUUAACCCGCUUAUUGAAACCCAUAUGGACCCAUCAAGCAAUCUGAAGCAAUGUAGCAAGCAUAAGACAUGGGGUCUGGUUGCCUGUGGAGGCGCAUCUGAGGCAGCAAAUUCAGCAAAGGAAAGUUCUCAGGAGCAUGGCUUGACCCCUGGAGCUCUGGCUUCUUCGCCUUUGGUGAUUGCAGAGGAAACAGGCAACAAGCAAAAGCAUGCAUGUGUACUGCCUAUGGCUGAAAAGACUGCUGGACCAGUCGAAUGCAGAGAAGAAUCCGAUCCACCACCAGCGCAUCUGGCUACUGUAGAAACUUAUCACGCUGAUGAAGUAGCAGGCUGUUGUUGCUCAUCCAAGUGGAGAGAUGGUCAUGCGCCUACAUGCACUGAUAAGAACGAUCCGGGCUCGACAAAGUCUGUGAAGGAAAUGUACCAGCAUUGGUGCAAGACCAGCCUUGCCGAGAAGGAAGAAGUGGAGCCAGAAAUUCUUGACUUACAGACUUUGGCUUCCAGGUCCAUGCAGUUUGAUAGUCACAGAAGGCAGCGUCGCCCCCUAAUUCCAACCUCUGUUUCCAAAGAGACCCUGCUUCAAGCAAAGUGCCUGAAGCAGGUAGAUGGGAAGUUCCUGAUCGCCACUUCUGGCUCAACCGUGGUCGCCAUUGAUCAGCAUGCGGCAGAUGAAAGGGUUUGUCUUGAGGAGCUUCGCAAGGAGGUUCUGGAGAAUCAGUCAGCCGUGGUGCCACUACUCCUUGAUACACCCUCUGACUUGCCAAUCACAGCAGGGCAAGAUGGGUGCUUGAGGUCAUAUCAAAGGCAACUAGAACGAUGGGGAUGGCGUUUUAAGCUCUCUACAACUGGCGACACAGAAAAUGCUUUCAGCAGCACACAUCGUUCAACUCAUUUGGGAGCUGAUGCUAUGGCUAUGCUUAGCCAAUCAAGACGUCCAGGAAAAUCUCAGUGCACUCCAACUCGACUUCUUGUACUCGCGGUUCCGCACUUGCUGGGCACCUCUCUACGUGCAGAAGACCUUCUCGACUACUUGCUGCAGCUUCAACAAACUGGUGGCCUUGCAUCUACACCACCACGGGCAGUUGUGCAAUUGCUGGCAUCAAAAGCUUGUAGAGGUGCCAUCAUGUUUGGAGACAUGCUGAAGCCAUCUGAGAGUUCCCAGCUCAUUGAGUGUUUGAAGCACACACAGCUGCCCUUCCAGUGUGCACAUGGGAGGCCAACCAUGGUCCCGCUUGUGGACCUUGACGAGCUGAAGAGAUUGGUUGAAGGGAUCGAGUUGCAGGGUAUCUAG